AUGUUGGUUGGCGCUCUCUUCUGGGGCUUCUCAGCAGAUGUCAUUGGCCGCAAGUUCGCCUUCAAUUUCUCCCUCAUGAUCUCUUCGGUCUUCGCUAUCGUCGCUGGCGCUUCUCCAAGUUGGACUGUUCUUGGUCUCUUCAUCUGCUUGUCCGCUUUUGGAAGUGGUGGUAACCUUGUACUCGAUACGGCCGUGUUCCUCGAGUACCUCCCCAGCCAGAGUCAAUGGAUGAUCACUGCCUUGGCUGCGUGGUGGGGACUAGGACAACUGAUUGCUGGUCUGUUUUCUUGGGCUUUCCUACCUGAUCACUCUUGCGCGACUGCUGCGACCUGCACUCGCUCGAACAACAUGGGCUGGCGCUAUGUCUGGUUCGCUAAUGGUGCUCUUGUCUUUGCCAUGUCUCUUGCCCGCAUCUUUGUCAUCAAGCUUAGAGAAACACCGAAGUUCCUGAUUGGUGAAGGCAAGGAUGCUGAAGUUAUUGAGACUCUGCAGUUUAUCGCGACCAGGUACAAUCGACCUUGCAGUUUGACUCUGGAGCAGCUAGAGGCAUGUGGCGACAGCCAUGCAGCGUAA